AUGAUUCACUUACAGACCCCAAAGAGAACUUUGCCUCCUACACCACCAACCAUAUCACACAAACCAGUGUUACCACCAUUGUCAACAAUCUUAUCCACCGCACAAGCCAGUCAUUUAAUUGAUCACCCUUUGGCUAGCGCAGUUGCUUCUACUCCUUAUUCUCAACACAAAUUACCUUCAUUCGAAACAUUCACUCCUAUAUCUGCAUCUUCCAACAAGUUCUAUAGAACAACCUCGACCGCCUCGUUGUCACCAUCCUUUACCCCUCCGGUAACCCGAAUCCCAUCAGUACACGACGUUACCAACUACUCAACCAGAUCAUCAUCUCCACAACAAGUACACCACCAAGCACCAGAACAGCCAAAACCAACUGUCUCCCCAACUUCUGACAAGUCAUACGCCUUCAUUUCUCAUUCACCCGCCACAUUCCCUUCUCAAGAACCAGCUAUAGACAAUGCUCCAUUAGCUAGAAGAAAACGAAGAAGAACUUCUCCAAACGAAUUGGCCAUCUUAAAUCAAGAAUUUGAAGUAGGCACAACCCCAAACAAACUCAGGAGGAUUGAAAUUGCUGCAAAAGUUAAUAUGACUGAAAAGGCCGUACAAAUAUGGUUUCAAAAUAAGAGACAAUCGUUAAGAAAGCAACUGAAUCACGAGAAAGAAGUUACGGAAUUACCACCUACUCCACAUCAUCUCACACAUGCCAUACCCCAAUUCAUUCCACCAUCACACCCACACCCAAUGCCAUUCUCAGUUGCUCAAACUACAGUGCCUACUAGAUUCACUCAAGAGUCUAUUGUCGCAUCUACACCAAUCAAGUCAAUACCUUCAUUUCCAACCACCAUAUCGCCAUCUGGUUCGGAAGAGAACCACCCUGCAUCACCAAAUGAUUCAAUUGAUGAUUCUAUGAUGAAGACUAAUCUUGUUCUUAAUGAAACUAGAAAGAAGCAGCCAGUUAACUUAAAUGGUGGCAAUGCAAGUACAAUGACUUUUAAGUUGAUACCGCUGAAAGUCAAUGUCACUCAAAAGUUGAUGGAAACAACCAAGGAAAGAAAACCAUUAGGGGAACGGUUGAAAAUUUACUAA